GUCAAUCAUUCCCUGGAAAACCUAAGAUAAUAAGAUGUCGUUCUCUAGAAAAGGAAACCUUUUCUUGUUGGUGGAAGCCUGGUUCAGAUGGAGGACUUCCUACCAAUUACACCCUGUUCUACAGCAAGGACAGUGAAGAAAAAAUCUAUGAAUGUCCAGACUACAGAACAUCAGGUCCCAAUUCCUGCUACUUCAAUAGAAACUACACUAAUUCGUGGACAACAUAUAAUAUCACUGUAACAGCAACGAAUGAGAUUGGAAGUAACAGCUCGGAUCCUCAGUAUGUGGAUGUGACUUCCAUAGUUCAGCCAGGUUCUCCUGUGAAUCUCACACUAGAAACACAAAGAUAUGCUAAUAUAAUGUACCUGUGGGCAAAAUGGUCUCCACCUCUAUUAGCUGAUGCCAGCUCUAAUCAUUUAUAUCACUAUGAGCUACGACUAAAACCUGAGGAAAAGGAAGAGUGGGAGACAGUACCUGUUGGAGUACAGACACAGUGCAAAAUAAAUAGGUUAAAUGCUGGCAUGAGGUAUGUUGUUCAGGUCCGUUGUAUGUUAGACCCUGGAGAAUGGAGUGAAUGGAGCUCUGAAAGACGCAUUCUGAUUUCUGGUGGACUGUCACCUCCUGAAAAGCCUACAAUAACCAAAUGCCGCUCCCCAGAAAAGGAAACAUUUACCUGUUGGUGGAAACCCGGUUUAGAUGGAGGGCAUCCUACUAACUACACUUUACUUUACAGCAAAGAGGGAGAAGAACAAGUUUAUGAAUGUCCAGAUUACAGAACUGCAGGCCCCAAUUCCUGCUACUUUGAUAAAAAACACACUUCUUUCUGGACCGUAUACAAUAUUACUGUCAAGGCAACUAAUGAAAUGGGAAGUAACAGCUCUGAUCCUCAUUAUGUGGAUGUGACAUACAUAGUACAGCCAGAUCCUCCUGCGAAUGUAACUUUAGAAUUAAAAAAGCCAAUAAACAGAAAACCAUAUCUGAUGUUGACAUGGUCUCCACCCCCACUGGCUGAUGUCAGAUCUGGAUGGCUUACCCUCGACUAUGAAUUGCGACUGAAGCCUGAAGAAGGAGAGGAAUGGGAGACUGUUUUUGUUGGACAGCAAACACAAUAUAAAAUGUUUAGUUUAAAUCCAGGAAAGAAGUACAUUGUACAGAUUCACUGCAAACCAGACCACCAUGGAUCAUGGAGUGAAUGGAGCUCAGAGAACUAUAUUGAAAUUCCUAAUGACUUCAGAGUAAAAGAUAUGAUUGUGUGGAUCGUCUUGGGUGUCUUGUCAUCUCUCAUUUGUUUAAUCAUGAGCUGGACAAUGGUUUUAAAAGGGUACAGGAUGAUAACUUUUAUCCUACCACCAGUUCCAGGACCAAAGAUAAAAGGCAUAGAUACACAUCUGUUAGAGACAGGGAAAUCUGAAGAACUGUUGAGUGCACUUGGUUGCCAUGGUUUCCCUCCAACAUCAGACUGUGAGGAACUACUGAUUGAGUAUCUGGAAGUAGAGGACAGCGAAGAUCAUCAGCUUAUGCCAAGUCAUGACAGUGGUCGUCCCAGUAAAAAUGCAAAAAUUACACUCAAGGAAACAGACAGAGACUCAGGACGAGGAAGCUGUGAUAGCCCUUCUCUGCUUUCUGAAAAGUGCAGGGAGACCUGUGCCCUUCCAUCAGCACUUCAAAUACAAGAUGUAAGAGAUGUUCAAGCAAAGAAAGCAGGGAAAAGGAGCUGGGAAAGUUACUGUGUAGCCUCAGAACGAAAAGCACUCCUUUUUAACAACGAGAGUGCAAAAUCAUCCACAUUGCCUGCAGUUCAGUUACCUAACAAUCAGCCUCCUACUUUUGCAUAUCACAGCAUUGUAGAAGCUAACAAGAUAACACUGACUACCACAAAUAUGAAUGUUGCAGCAGUUUUGGUGGAAAAUGAAGAAAGGCAUCAAUCACUAUAUUCUAUCUCUGAAACCAUCUCUGGAGGCAUGGAAAAGCAAGAAGAAAUGGAAAAUUUGCAUUCCAAAACUACGCAAACCACAGUGCAGGUCAGACAAAACAGAUCUAAUGAAAAGUUACCAUUUUUGAAUGCUGCACUCAUGGAUUAUGUAGAAGUUCACAAAGUCAGACAGGAUGAGGAACCAACAGUAUUACUGAAACAUAAAGAAAAAAGUGGAAAGAUUGAAAAAUACACUAUUUCAGGAGCCAGCAAAGAAUACACGAAGGUCUCAACAGUUAUGAACCAUAAUAUUCUAGUAUUAAUGCCAGAUUCACGAGUUCUGCACACACCUACAUCCCAAGAAGAACCCGCAAAAGAAACGUCUCAGAACCCUCAGCAAGGUCAAGUGGAAACAAACAUGAGCUACUGUAUGACAGCUCCACGUGACUGCCAAAGAGAACCUAGUGGAUCAGAGUACAUGGACCCAUCCUCAUUUAUGCCCUCCUUUAAAUAAUUAAAAGUUUGAUCACUCUUCAUCAGGUAAUGCUACAGAAUGAAUCAAAUACAAUCAGUAUAAUAAUGCUAUGGUUUAAGAUUAUGCUACUACAUCACAACUGUAGCUUGUACCUUUUCCUAGCUGAUAAGUCUGUGAUCUACGUUUGAUUUUGUUAAUAGUUAUGUAAAA